UAUUGCAAAGCGCAGUGUUAGAUUACCACCUCGACGUUGUCGACGCAAUACAACGAGCAUAUCGAGUAGUUGAUUUAGUCAAGAAAAAAAAAGACAUCUACCAUUCGUUUAUAUCAUUUAUUUCGAUUAUAGAUUCUAUCGUUAAUUAGUUAUCGCGUGAAUAUAAUAUAUUUACGUAUUAUAUUACAUUAUAUACAAAUAUACAUACACACACACACACACACACACACAUAUAUAUAUAUAUAUAUAUAUAAAUAAAUUUAUUGUUUGUUUACGGAUUUGUUCGGUGAUCGAUAAUAAAAAGAAUCAAAAGUUCAUUGAUCAUGGAGACCAUUUUGGCGAAUAAGUUGUCACCUACCGCUCGAAUUGGAGAUACUAACAUCGAGCAGAAGGGAAAAACAAAUUUUGUUAAAGAUACUAAGAAAAUGACGAGAUAUACGUUGGCGGAUUCCGCCGAUUCCGUGAUCAACGCCGCUAUGGAUUAUCACAUUGAAAUUAUAACAAGGGACGACAAGCACAGGGUAUUGAAAUUUCUCAGGAGAUUUUUCUUCCGAGACGAACCUCUUAAUCAAAAUAUCGCUCUUAUACCGGAAGGAGAAAAUAGCACGUGUCUCGAAUUGGAAGACUAUUGUAGUAAAUCUUCCCUUGAAAACAAUCUAAGUUUAAUGGCUGUAUCAUCAACCGGUGCCAUCAUUGGCGUUUUAUUAAAUGGAAAAUUAGAGCCAUGCGAGGAAGACGAACCAGAUUAUAUAGAAAACUGUGAAAAUCUUAAAUUUAGAAAGAUAUUAAGGUUUUUGCAUUAUAUGGAUAAGAGUGUGAACGUUGGGAAAUUUCAAGAUCAAAAUAUAUUAGAAAUAAGAAUAAUCUCUGUUGAUACUAAUUGGAGAGGCAAAGGUAUUGCCAAAGCACUUAUUGAAAAAACAAUAGAGAUCGCUAAGGAACAUAAUUUUCAAGCGAUACGUGUUGAUUGUACAUCCAUGUUCUCUGGAAAAUUAUGCGAACGACUUGGUUUUGAAGCAAUAUAUCAAGUGAAAUAUUCCGAUUAUGUUGACGAAAAUGGUAAACCUAUUUUUACACCUGCUCCUCCACAUAUGGCUGCUAAUUCAUAUAUCAAAAGAUUAUAAAAUAAUCGUUUGUAAUCAAUGAUUAUGAAAAGAAUAAUUAAUGUAAUGUUAAGUAAGAGAAAAAAGAAAGCAACAAUUGAGAGAAAGAGAAAGAAA